AUGAAGCCAUUUGCAUUAGUUUGGCUCUUGCCAAUUGUUAUGGCUUCAACUAGAGGGCAUCAGCCACCGGUAAUACCGACCAUUGAAGGACCAAUCACAGGAGGUACUCAUGAACACCCCUUCUCUGCCUGGGUUGGCGAUAUUUCAGACAUCAGCUAUGUUGAGGAAGAGUACUUCAUAAGCGGUCACGCGUUCCGCUACAACGUAACUGGAAAUCUUACUAUCGACGGGAAAUGGACUCUGGUUCCAAUUGACCCCGCAAAUUACAAGACGCGCAUUCUGAUCCGCCGACCUGCCAAAGAGGCCGACUUUAACGGUGACGCUAUUCUCGAGUGGAUCAACGUUUCUGCAGGCUACGAUCUCAUGAUAUCCGACGGUCCUGGAGUCUAUGAAGCCGGUUUCGCCUUUGCCGGUGUUUCUGUCCAAGUGGUGGGCAUUGUUGGCUACCAGAAUGUCACUGGAAUGGCGCCUCUGGGACUGACUGAAUGGGACCCGGCGCGUUAUGGCAGUCUAAACGUGCCUGAUGACAGGUAUUCGUACGAUAUUUAUACGCAGGCAGCAAACCUGCUCAAGUCGGGCCUGAUUCCUGGCUUGAAAGCCAAAAAUGUCAUUGGCACGGGCGAAUCGCAGUCUGGUAUCCGACUGAACGCUUACGCCAAUGGCGUCCAGCCCAUUAGCAACGCCUUCGAUGCCCUCAUCCCUGUCAUUUCUUUUGGUCAAGCUUCCGACUUCAGUCGACUGAUUGGUGCCCCAUACACCGGCACGACUGAUUUGGCACCAGCAGUACCAACACGCAUUCGCACAGACCUGAAAAUCCCUGUUCAUCAAAUAAACACGGAAUCGGAGGCUCUGUACGUGUAUGUUCAAGGAUGUCGCCAGCCAGACACAGCAUUGUAUCGAUACUGGGAAAAUACUGGUGCAGCCCACGCCAACCUGCUGGUAUUACAAAAGACCGCAGCCGUAGCGACACAAGAUCAACUCCCGAACCAAAUCCCAACCAACUCACCCACAAUAGAUCCUGUCAGCUGGCUGCCACCACUAGACGCCGCCUAUCAGCAUGCAUCUCGUUGGAUCCGCACAGGAAUACCACCCCCAACCUUUCCACUGAUGGAGAUUGGGCCUUCUGCAUCUAUGCCCCUUGGAGUUGACUACAUCCGCGACAGCCUUAAUAACACUAAGGGGGGUGCUCGACAGCCAGAGAUCACAGUGCCAAUUGCCGCUUAUAACGGAACAUUCAUUGGGGUGAGGACUAGCUUCACUGAUGAAACACUGAAGAGCUUGUACCCCACAAAUAAGGACUACGUGAUAAAAAUGAAAGUCGCCUCAAGUGUGGCUGUGAAGGAAGGGUUGAUUUUGGGUUACCAGGCAAGCAAUCUCGUGAAUGGUGCAAUUCAUGCUAAUGUACCCCCUUCCUAG